ACAGCAUGCAGUGACCUUGUAGCUGACUGGGGACCCUACAGAAGGCAGCUUUCAUGUGAGGUGAUGCCCUGAACUCUGGUAAGUCACCUUUCUGAUUAAUUUAUUAUGCAGCUUUGCUGGGCAGGAAACUAAACCAAAGAGAAAUGCUCCUCAGGUAUCAGACAAGCUAGCUCCUACUGCAGGCUCAGGUAUUGCAGCAGUUUUUUAAUAGAUGCAGUACAAAAAUACCCUGCUGUUGAGUUUUCUGCAAGUGUUUCCUAAGUUCUGGUUACAGUCAAAAAACCUAUUGUGCUUAUUUAUGGGCUUGUUACCUCAGCAACCCAAAUUCAGUUACCUGGACAGUGGGCUGGAGGUGGCUGGCUCUGCACUUAGCAGAGAGAACUGUAGUUUUUGUCACUAAUACUUGAGUGUUAGCUCUCAACAGGAGGGGGCUUGGUGUUCUUUUCCUCCUGUUGUUGCAUUACCAGAUCCUUUCAAUUGGAUCAGUUUAGGCAUCCAACACAGGCCUGUUCUGUCUUUGAGUGUUUGACAGUGACGCUUUGAAGCCAAAACCAGAAAAACCUCAUGCUUGACUCAGGGUUCAAAGAAAAAAGCUUGGUUUUAUAUGAAAAUAAUCCCACUAAUUUAAUGAAUUCGAAGUUGAGUGCAAACUUUGAUGUAUGAUUUUCUUUAGUUUUGUAAAUCAAGCAAUUUGCACAAAAGUACAGUGGUGUUUUCCAGUUGCUCGUAGGAAAUAUUUGAAGGAAAACAGGGAUAUCCCCUGCCCUUCCCCACUCCUCCUCGGAGAAAAUUACCUCUGGGGAAGCAAAGCUGGAUGUGGAAUUUAAUCAGACUCCUUGUUUUAAAGUGGUAGGUAAGGAAACGGUACAUUAUUGCAAGAGAUGAAUUUGGCUACAUGCCUGGAAAAUAGUUUACCCCCAAGCCUGCAUCACUUCUAUUACCUCUCUCAUUGAGAAUGAAAACAUUUUCAAACAGAUCGAUACACAGUGGUGUCACACAGAGCAUAUCUAACCGUUUUGAAAUGGUUCAAAGAGCAACAUGUGAAAUAUUGGAGGUCUGGGGUUUUUUUUAGGUUUUUUUUUCCUCUCUCUUUUCCUAUUCCUUCCUUUUGCUCUUUUGCUGUAGUUAAGCUUCAGUGGGUUUGAGUGCAUGACAGGCUGCACCAAGGUACAGUCAGUGUUUUACACAAGCUUCACCUGUUACUGUCUGGCUGAGGCCUCAAGAGUUGCCUAGCUUCUACUACCAGCACACAAGAUGUAAUGUGAGCUCCUAAUCCAGAUGAGGAGAGAUUUAAGGGAUUAAGUGAACCUACAGCAAACAAUAUUGGUGUAGUGUCAUGGUGCAAACAACUUCUGUGCCUUUGUAAGGCCACGUAGCCAUCCUGCAGGGAGCUGAGGGGCACCAGUUUUAGGCAGUCUGAUCUAGCUUGAAGCAUACAAACGUUUUGUUGUAGCUUUUAGAGAACCUUGGGAUGCUUUUCUCCAUAACAUAAGCACGUGCUAUUUGGAAAAAGUCACUGUUGUUUUGGAGCUGUUGCCUGGUAAUAUCCAGAGAUGUCCAGAUUGUGCUUGUGAGAAGCAGAAGCUAAUCUCUCCCCUCUCUGCUUUGCUCCUUCAGUGAUUUUACCAGCCUCUGCCUUAUCUUUCCCCAGCUGCAACACUUUGAACGUAGAACAGAGAUGUUCAGUGGCAAAACUGAGAUAAAGGCUGUUUUCAAGUUCAGUGUGCCUGACGUGGCUUAGCACGGGUCUGGCUUUGUACUAAUUAAUUUUCCUCUGUGUACAUGCAAAUAGUGUGCUGUUUGGUGAAAGACCUGUGUGAGCAGAUAUGUACCACUGCCUAUCUAAAAUGAAACUGUUUUUUUCCUUACUUCCAGUUGUAAUCUUCAGUGCUUUUGAUUGCAGUAGAGAAACAACUACUGGGAGGAAGUGCAAUUUCAGCAUUUCCUUUGGAAAGUACCGAACAACCUUUGUGUUUUCGUGCUUUCAAUGGCUCAGUCUGACACACUUCAUUAAAACGAGGAUUCAUUUUUUCCACUCUGCUUAAGGGCUUCAAUUAAGGUGUCUCUCUUUUGAUUAGUUACUCAGAUUGAUGUAAGCAGUGUUCUCUUCUCCAGCAGGUUUAUGUGAUGUGAGUGACCUAGAUGAGAAGCAUCCUACUUGUGUAGUGCCUUUCUCCCUAAUUCAAACACAAACUCAUCUUUUAGAAGCUCCCUUUUGUUAACUCAGUACUGCUAUCUUGUGUUGAAAUGCCAGCAAAUAAUUGGGCUGUAGUGUAAACUUCAAAUGCUCACGUUUUAAAUGAUUUGACCUCUUACAGCAACACCACUUUUCACCUAACUUGACCAAGCACAGCUGCCUGAACCAUGUGUCAUCAGAUCUAACGCUGCUGAUAAGCACAGCUUUAGUUCUUAACCAUGUGAGAAGAAAGAACACUUCAAACUCAAGAACCUCAGGAGGUAAGGGGUGGCUUACAACGUUUAUCCCGCCGGAUAUCCCUACACUUGAACAGAAAUCAUGGCAAAUGUUUCCUGGACUGAAGGUGUCUCCAACGGGACAGCUGUCAGGUUGGAAGCAGACUUCCAGUAUUCCUUGUUUACCAUCAUCUACAGCAUUGUGUUCGUGCUGGGACUGACAGAAAACGUCUCAGCUCUGUACCUCCUGUCUAACAAAGCAAGGCACACUUCUCCUUCCUACGUCUACAUGAUAAACCUAGCUUUGGCAGACACCUUGUUUGUUUGUGGGUUGCCUUUUAAAAUCCAUUACCACCUGAAUCGGAACAAUUGGAUCUUUGGUGACGUGGCUUGUAGGAUAACUGGGACUUUGUACUACAUCAACAUCUAUCUAAGCAUUGUCUUUUUCACCUGCAUUUGUGUCGAUCGUUACAUUGCAGUGCUGCAUCCCUUCACAUACAUCCAGAUCAGAGUCACGCACUAUGUGGUGGUGGCCACGAUCCUUUGGGUGGUUGCCCUAAGCACCACGGUUGCACUCGUUCUUGGUGGUCCCCUCCACAACAAAGGGCUGAGGAACACCACCAUGUGUUUUGAGAACUUUGCAAGGAGCAGCUGGAUUUCUCGCAUGGCCCUUUACAACAUCCUGGCCUUAGUUUUUGGUUUUGUCAUCCCAUUUUCCAUCAUCCUGAUCUGCUACCCUCUCAUUGCGAGGAGGAUCUCCCGGAUCAAACACAGCAUUCGCAAGAGGAAAGCUCUGACUACUAUCUACAUCAUCUUGCUCAUUUGUACUUUCUGCUUUCUCCCAUACCACCUCACCCAUUUCCUCCAUUUUUUAAUGAGAAGCCAGGUCAUCCAGAACAAGUCAUUUACUAACCUGAUCUACAAAAUGCGAAGGGUCACCUUAGCCCUGGUGAGUUUCAACUGUUGCCUUAACCCGUUCCUGUACUACUUCACCUCUUCUAACAGGACGUGGCACUUCAACUUCAGGUUCAGAUUCAGGUCUAAAAUGGUGUACACGAUCUGCGACCAGAAACUUGGAGAGUACUCCUACAUUUAUAAACUACACCAGAGCUGUGAAAAUAAAAAACAGAGAGAUAGAAUCAACUGAUCUUCUCCAACAGAAUCACACAACUUGAGAGAACCGCUGAGUUUUCCACCCCGCAGAGUGGGACUACACCAUCACAAGAGGAAAGAAUUUAUCAUUCAUGAGUUACCAAUCACCAGAAAGCCACAGGCCUGACUCAACUUGCCUAAAAGCCAGCAACUUCAGAGGAUGAGAUUUUGGUAACAGCUAAACAGCCCCACUGCUCUGUUCCUUCCUAUGCCAUCUCCCUUAACAGACAAUGGAAGGACUUUCAGCACUGCAGGGACUUCUCUGUAACUAAACACAGAUGUUAUGGUGUGGACAGAGGAGAAUGUUAUAUAUAUGUUUUACUUGAAACUACAUCAAGGUGCAGGUUUCUUUAAGGCUUGUCAGCUGUUAUUCAUACUUCCCUCAAUGGAAAUGAAGCUGCUGGGUAAACAGUAAGUUUAAAGCUUCAUACUUCUGCCUACAUUAUAUUUCUGCUUUGCAUUUUCAUUUCAAAGCUUUAAAAGCUCCUUGUUUUGGCUCCUCAGUGAGAAGACUCCCUGAUAAUAACCUUUAAUGACACCCUUAAUAGCUAAAGCCCAGGGAGCUCUUCUGCCCCAUGCACAGAGCCCAGGCCUUCAGGUCAGUGCAGGACAGGGCUCACUGCAUGGCUGUUGCUGCUUCUUGUUACUUUUGUGAUCAAAAAGGUAGAAUGGCAUUGCUGAGGUUUUAAAGAAAAUGAGCUGUGGGAGUAAAAGAACAUUGAAUCUCUCUUACCUUACUGUGCAAGUGAUGUGAAGUUUGUUCUUCAGGACUUCUUAAAAACAGGCUGCAGUGACAACCUAGACCUGUUUCCAAUAGAGGAAGACUGCGGUACUGCUGAACACUCUCACUGUGACGAAUGGACAAACACUGAAGUUCCUUUGCCAAAUAUUUUUCUAGUUUUGUUUUAAUAAUGUAAACAAAAUAAGAUCUGUGUUUCUCUGGAGCACCAACUGUGCCUGCUGCUCUGUGGCUCAAGAUGUACUCUGGGGCAGUCCCUUUUUCAGCAGGGAUGUGAGAUAGCUGCCUAAUUCUUCAUCCUACAGAAAAGAAAAUCAGGAUGAAAGCAAUCGUCCACUUGACUCCUUCCUAUUUCUGCUACCUAGAAAUAGGCUAAAAUAACUCUUGGAUGCUGCAGCAGCAGUGUUCAAAAAUGGAAAUGAAUGCACUUAGCACAAAUGUAUUCCUAGGUGUUCUUUCAAAAUACCAGCCUAAAACUUGUGCUUGUCAAAUAAGGUAUCUGGACCUCCAAGUUCUCUCCUUUAGAAUAAAUGAUAUUUUUUCUUGAGAGCAAAGAA